AUGACGCUCUACCGCUCUGACGUAUGGAGCAAGUAUAGUACAAGCCUCAACGUUGCUUGUAAUUCAACAUUAAUCAAUCCAUCAUUAAGUCAGCGAACAAUCUUAUUAGCUCCUCAUCAACAAACUGGUUUAACGUUUUAUGACGAUGUAGGUGGGGCAAUGGACGAGGGUCCUCAAGAAGACCCGCGAUUUUCCACUUCACAGAUCCCGCGAGGAAGAUUUUUUGAAAGCUUGACGAGUACGAGGAGGAUCGAUGAGGAAGCGCCAGAGAACCUCGACGCUUGUAUUGAAGCAAAGAGCAAACAACAAAGUCGUGAGUAUAUUUGUGAUGAAGCUAUAGCAUCAGGCUAA